UUCUCCACUGUAAGGGCAGGUCAAGUGAAAUGACAAUCACAGCCUCCUGAUCACUGAAACCCUCGCCCAAAAAGAACCAGAAACUUCUACCAUCGCUCAGAAAAAACCAGAAACUUCUACCAUCUCUCCUCAUUAUUUGAGUUUGGGCGGCUCAGAAUAACCCUUGCACUUUUCUCUUGUGAAAGAGACUCCGAAACCAAACCCUAAUAAAAAAAUCUAUCUCCGUAUUAAUUCUUGUGGCAUCUUCUUCUAUUGUUAAUGGCGACCUCGAUUCUUCUUAGAUCUGCUCGAUCUGCUCUAAGAUCUACCGAUUUGGUUGCCAGAUGUCUGCCUGCAGCUACAAUUGGUGCAACAGGAAUGACUGCUAUGCCAUUGAUCAGUCAGAGAUCAGGGAACAUGGCCAGACUAUUCAGCUCAAAACCUCCUAAUACUGUUACUACUCUGGAACGCAAAGAGUAUGAUGAAGUUUUUGAUGUAACCGACGAUAUUGUCAGUUCUGAGGCUAAGCUCCAUGCCUUUUUUCUGAAGUGGCUCUCGCAUAAUAAAAGCCAUUUUGAUAUUGAAGACGAAGAAGCUUUCAAGGAGAGGUUUGAAAUUUUUAAGGGCCACGCUCGGUCUGUCAAUGCAUGGAACAAAGGCGGCCAUUCCUACAUUUGCGGGAUAAACCCAUAUUCAGAUUUGACUAGUGAGGAAUUUGCAACGCGGCAAAUCAAUUCGAAGAAGAAAGCUGGUUUUCAUCAGACAGUGGGAGGAUCUUUACCACGUAAAGUUAACCAGGUUACUGUGGGCGGUGUCAAGGUCUUUUAUUAACUAUCAAGGUAAAAAGCUAGUUAUUUUAAUUUAUGGUGCUGUUCAAUGAGUAGUAGUCAUAGUUUUAGCAGUGCUGCUGAUGCUACAAACGGCAGGACCUUGAAUGUAAUUAUGUGAUGGAUCUUUUCUGUAGCUCUAAAUCGUAUUUGGCGUGAGACUUAUUUUAUAUAAAAUUAGUGCCCUGAAAGUUGAUGUCUUAA